UUCUUCUUCUUCUUCUUCUAGUUGUGUUCUCUAAUGGCUUCCAUUAACGUUUCUUAUUUUUUCAUUGUUCUUUUCCUUUUAGCCUUCUCAGCCAAUGCUGAGCUUUCAUCUCAUUUUUACUCGAAAAGUUGUCCUAGACUCAAAUGGAUUGUUCGUGCUGGUAUGGCCAAAGCUGUAAACAGAGAUAAGCGUAUGGGAGCUUCGAUGCUUCGCAUGUUCUUCCACGAUUGCUUUGUAAAUGGUUGCGAAGCUUCUGUAUUGCUUGAUGAUACUCCAACAAUGAGGGGCGAAAAAAAUGCGUUCCCAAAUAGGAAUUCACUUAGAGGUUUCGAAGUAAUUGACGAUAUUAAAACUGAGGUGGAAGCUGCUUGCAAAGAAACCGUUUCAUGUGCUGAUAUUCUUGCUCUUGCUGCUCGUGAUGGCGCCGAUUUGCUUGGAGGACCAUUUGGGAUGUACGCUUGGUCGAAGGACUCGAGGACCGCGAGUGAGAGCGAAGCAAACAACAAUCUUCCAGCACCAAGCUCCAACCUCUCGACACUAAUCUCAAUGUUCGCUGUUAAAGGCUUUAACGCCAACGAAAUGACAGCUAUGUCUGGUGCUCACACCAUAGGCAUGGGACAAUGUCAAUUCUUCCGAACUCGGAUUUACAAUGAUACCAACAUCAACAGUGCCUUCGCUGCUCAGCGACGAGCUAACUGCCCGCUUAACGGUGGUGACAGUAACUUGGCCCCUCUUGACUCAACCGACAUAAAGUUUGACAACAAAUAUUUCAUUGACCUAAUUAAUCAGUGUGGCUUGUUUCAUUCGGACCAAGAACUCUCCAACGGUGGUUCACAAGAUGCGUUGGUUCGAACCUAUAGUAUGAAUUCCAUUACCUUUAGAAAGGAUUUUGAAAAUGCAAUGAUCAAGAUGGGGAAUCUUAGUCCUGCAAGUGGAACGAUUACUGAGAUUAGAAAAAAUUGCAGGGUCGUGAAUUAAUUAAACAAUAAGAACAAAUAAAUAUAUGUCUAAUUACAAAAUAAGAAAGUUACUUUUUUCAAAGGGAAAUAGGAUAAAAGUUAAACUUAUUUUCUGUUACUUUGUUGGUUUCUAUGUGUGUUGUUGCAGAAUAUUUCUUUUCCAAUUGAAGGAUUAAAUGCCAAAGUACUAAUGAAAUUUUAAUUUACUUUU